CACUCCCGAGCACACAUUCGUAUAUAUUCGUAGUCAUGACGACGACAAGCGACUGCUGCAUCUUUGAAGGCUGCGCGCUGCCGCCGCGUCCCAACUCGGUCAAGUGCGUCGCCCACCGAAGCCGCGCCGUGUGCCGGAUCCACGACUGCCGCAACCAAGUGUACGCCCGCCAGCUCUGCGUCUCGCACGGCGGCCGGCACCGAUGCGCCUCGCCAGGCUGCAAAUCGAACGCGCGCUCGGGGCGCUACUGCUGCCGCCACAGCCUCCAGGCCAAGCGCCCCAACGUAUGUGUUGCUGUCGACUGCGUCGAGACCGCGACCGCGGGACAGCUCUGUCCUCGCCACGCAGCGCGGAAAUGCGUCAGCGACAACUGCGAUACGCCCGCGCGGCGAGCCGGCGCAUGCUGGCGCCAUCGUGCUCGAGAUGCCAAUGCGAUGUCGCCUGCCAUGCCCGAACCGCUCCUUGCGAUCGACGAUAGCACGCCCAUGGACGACGAGAGUUGGCUGCAAGAGCUGUUUGAGCAGGCACCCGACAUGUUGAUGCCGCCGCAGGAGCUGAGAGAGUACAUUAACGACACGCUCCUGCGAUUGUAAUAUAUACCUCUCGAGACAAACGGGCAGACAAG